CAAAAAUUGGCACCUCGUCAAGCUCUAGCACAAGUUGCGACAAAGACCCCAUUGUUUUUCAUAGCCGUUGAGUGUUUUUUGUUUUACAUAUUGCACUGCUGCUGUUUCCCAUCCAUUGUUUUGUAGUUCUACCAAAUCAAUUAGUCGCCAUCUGAUACUACCCGAACCAUGCCGAUUCGCAACCCUUUCGUCAGGCGUAAUGAUGAGAACGUUCGACCGUCGUGUGACCUGCUGGCCGUGAAGGACGCAGCGCAUCCAGGCUUCGAGAGGGUCGAUACAAUUGGGUCCAAAGCCUCGUCUGCUCUGAGCAUUCGAAGCGCAAAGAGCCAGGACACUGGCGACUAUAAGAUGAGUGUUGUGAACGACUCUGGUAUAUAUCUUCCUCCGUCGCCGAGUGAAGAGAAGACCUUGUGGCCGCCCAGACGCUCUGCGGUACCGUCCCGGACGUCCAUGGACACCCGCAGCAGCAUUGGCGACAUCGAGCAUUUCUCCAUCUCCAGAGAAUCGUUCGACUCCUACCGCCGGUCCUUUGAUAUCUCGGCCAGAUCUCCAGUCAUCAUGUACGACCAAUCUCGCCAGAGCCUCGAUUCCCGCCGCAGCUUAGACUCCGCCCGCUUCCAGCGACCGCCCAGGUCUUCCAUCCGUAACCGCGCCCUGUACGAGCCGCCAACUGCCGAGGAGGGGUUCGAAGAGGUGGGCCUGAACGACGAGCAGAAGCAACAGCAGCCGCUGCAGCAACCCAAGAAGCGCGGCUUCUUCGCCAAAUUCUCUGACUCGCAGGACUCGAACGCUGGUAAUCACAACCCUACGAUGAUGGCCCGAUUCAUGCCCGGGCGCAAGCGCGCGCAGAGCGGACAGGGGGCCGAACUCGGCAACAUGGAACGGCCGAAGUCGUCUCAGUCCAUGGAGGGCGAGGAAAUGCAGUGAGAGUGGACCGAUCAACGGAGGGAAGUUGCCGAGUCACACCUAACCAAUACCCAUUCUGAAUGCAUGUUUUUGGAGGCGUUUUAGGGAUAUGACAGGUCGGGGCAUCAUGAUAACUGAAGCAAUCGCCUGCCCCCUACAUCAUUAGAGGAGGCAUUUGGGCCAUACUGUUUUCAGUCGCUCGCUACCUAUGUUGCGAGUCGCCACAGGCGAAGGCCAGGGCCGAAGAACAUUGCAUUGCUUUGGGCAGAGUUUAGUCAGUCCUAGAUAGGCACCGAAGAUACCUGUUAAGUACAUAGGUAAUGAUAAUGAAAUGAACUACACCAGAAAAACUCU